CCUAUCGACUGGUCCUGCAAUAACCGCUGCAAGCUACAAAAGAAAGUCGGCUCAAUCUUUAGAAAUCGAAAACUGUUAGCACCUCUUCAAGAUGGCGAUGAAGCAAGCGACCAGGACGAACCAGGCCAUCUCGCUCAAAGGUUCUACCAAGAUUGUCACCGAGUUCUUCGAAUACUCUGUCAACAGUAUCUUGUAUCAGAGAAACAUAUACCCUCCCGAUGAUUUCCGAAUGGUCAAGAAAUAUGGUUUGCCCAUGCUCAUUACCGCGGACGAGGAGUUGAAGGCAUACUUGGAGACGAUCUUGAAACAAGUUCACGAGUGGCUGAUGCAAAAGACGAUCACGAGGCUGGUACUAGCGAUCACUUCCAAGGAGACGUUGGAGACUGUCGAACGGUGGCAGUUUGAUAUCAUCACCGAGGAUGAGAACGGGACUGGCGAGUCGAGCGGGAGCGCUGCGGCUUCUGGCAAACCGAAAGAAAAGACGGAGAAGGAAGUUCAGGUCGAGAUCAGGGAGAUCAUGAAGCAGAUCACGGCGAGCGUAACGUUCCUGCCCGUCUUGGAGGAAGAGUGCUCCUUCACCUUGCUGGCCUACACAUCGACACAAGACCCCUUGCCUCUGCCUGAAAAGUGGAACGACGCGGACCCUCAUCUCAUCGACAAGGGCAAGGUGGAGCAGGUCAGAUUGAGGAGUUUCAGCACCAAUGUGCACAAGAUGGAGGCAAUGGUCGCCUACCGGGUUGGCGAGUAGACGAGACCUGGCACGGAUGGUCCUUGACGAUUACGAACACUGCGGUCUCCACUGUAAAAUAGAUAUACCUGUAACCUUUGACCCUGUCCGAUGCAUUACCCUUACGCAGUCUACUACCUACUUAUGUCGAACGACAUCACGUGAU